AUGGUGUAUGGAUCUGCACGCCCUAGUGUUUUGCGCAGAUUCGACACUAUCCAUCAUUCUGCAUUGAGAAUCUGCUCCGGUGCCUUUCGAACAUCCCCCACAGAAAGCUUGUAUAACAUCUGCCACCAACUACCCCUCUAUUUAAGGCGUAAAAAAAUUACCUCCUUAUAUUAUUUCCGAACGCAGUCUCUUCCGAAGCACCCUAUAUCCGAAUUAACCCUUCCAGCAAGUGUUAGGAGAAUUUAUGAUGCUCAUUCCUCCUGCAUUCCACCGUUCAGUGUGAGAAUAGAAACGCUUCUGCGGGACUCGGGCCUUAAUAAUUCCACAAUUAAUUCUAUUAAUCACUUUUAUUUUCCACCAUGGGAUAAGCCAGAAUUUUCCUUCUUAAAUCCAUUUUUUGGUUUUGAAAAAUCCGCAACAGCAUCUGUGGUUUUUCAACAGUUAUUUUUCUAUCAUCGUUGUCAGUAUUCAUCUUUCAUCCCUGUUUUUACAGAUGGCUCGAAAUCGGAUGGGCAUGUCGGUUUUGGCAUUGUACUUCCAUCUGCUAUAUUGAGCUAUCGUUUACAUACCAGUUUUUCAAUCUUUACUGCGGAACUAAUAGCAAUUUCCUAUGCACUUCAGGAAAUUUCGAUAUCUACUAAUCGAAGCUUUGUUAUUUAUACUGACAGUCUGAGUGCUUUGGAGACGCUCUCUCAUCCCGACAAUCAAAUGCAUCCUGUGGCCUUAAAAUUUUGA